GUCCGUUCCGGUAGGCGCGAGCCCGUGUUGGCUGUGGCGGAGAUCUAGACCGACCGUAGAUAUGUCUGAGAGGCAUACGCGUCCCAGAGGGGCCGCUCAGCGCUUUGGGCCCAAGACUCCGUCUCCUAAUUCUCUGCGGAGGUCGCAGCGGAAGUCAGGCUCUGAUCUCCCUAGCAUCCUUCCUGAGAUUUGGCAGAAGACACCCCGUGCGGCUCCAGUCAGAAAGCCCAUUGUCUUGAAGAAGAUCGUGGCUCACACUGUAGAGAUCCCAACUGUCCACUCGCCUCGCAGGAGCCCUAGGAUUGCUUUUUUCUUGGAGAAAGAGAACAACCCUCCUAAGGAGGCUACUAAGGAGGACCUCUUCAAGACAAACAGUGUCCCCCUCACCCCCACCACCACUCCUGUGCUGUCCUCCCUGAACAUCAAGUCCAUCUCCAAGGAAGGAGAACUAGAUGCCAGAGAUGUGGAAAUGUCUAAGAAAGUCAGACGCUCCUACAGCCGCCUACAGACCAUCAGCUCUGACUCUACCUCCACCCCAGCCCAUGGGUCCUGCUCUGGCUUCAAGGGGUCUGAAGAGUUGUCCAGAGUCUCACCUGUGGUGGGUUCAAAACCAGUUGAGGUCCCCAAGGUCCUUGCCAAACCCUUGGCCCCAGAUACAACACUCCCUGGAAUCUCUCCCCCAGUUGUGAAAGAGAAACGAAAGAAGAAAAAGGCACCAGAGAUCUUGAAAUCAGAGUUGGAUGAGUGGGCCGCGGCCAUGAAUGCUGAGUUUGAAGCUGCUGAGCAGUUUGAUCUCCUGGUUGAAUGA